AAAAGUUCGAAUCGAUCCGCCAACCAAAUCCUAAAGAAGAAGGUCCAGUGACCACAACCUUGUUGUUCCUAUCUGUGUUAUUACCGCUAAAAGUUUUGUCCCCGUAAUUUCGGGUAUCAGAGGCUGUCCCAGCUGCUGUGAUGUCCACUUGGUGGGGGCUGGUGAAAAAUGGCAGUGCACAUCAUGUGGACAAUAGCAGUUGUUUCAGCUCCACAGAAAGCACCGUCCUCAAGGGAAACAACUUUGGAGGGGUGCCUGUUGUACUGCUGCUGGACUUCAGCUUCUUCUUGGCGUUGCUGAUCCUCUUCUCCGUCAUCAGGAGGAAGCUGUGGGACUAUGGCCGCCUGGCGCUGAUCUCUGACAGGGAAGGGUUCAGUGAGACAUCACACCGCCGCUAUGGGAGAAUGUCGUCCUGUGUGUCCAACGUGGAGGAGCCGGAGCACGAAUUGGGAUGCUGCUCCUGGCUCCCCUACAUCAUCAGAAUGGAUGAGGAGAUGGUGAAGGCGCGUUGUGGGAUCGACGCUGUCCACUACCUGUCCUUCCAGCGUCACCUGAUCACCCUCCUGGUGCUGGUUACCAUCAUCUCCGUGACUGUCAUCUUGCCUGUCAACCUGUCUGGUAACCUGCUAGGAAAUGACCCGUACAACUUCGGAAGGACUACUGUGGGUAAUCUUCAGAAGGAUAAUAACCUGCUGUGGAUACACACAGUGUUUGCAGUCAUCUACCUGAUCUUGACAGUGUUACUGCUUAGGCGACACACCUCCCAGAUGAAGGGCAUGGGCAGAGGGCUGACCAGAAACACCCUGUUUGCGUCUUCCAUCCCCAAAGAAGCCAGUGAAGAGGACAUCAGGACCCACUUUACUGAGGCCUACCCUACCUGCCGUGUGUGUGAAGUGCACUUGACAUAUGAUGUGGCCCAGCUGAUGCACCUGGACAAGGAAAGGAAGCGAGCAGAGAAGAACCUGCACUACUACGAGCGGGUACUUCAGCGAGGGGGCCAGAGGGAGGUGAUCAACCCCCGUCUAUGUGGUCACCUCUGCUGCUGCCGCACCCGCAACUGUCAGGAGGUAGAUGCCAUAGAGUACUUCCGUGGUCAAGCGGCAGGUCUGUUGGAGGAGGUGAGGACGCAGAGAGAGCUUGUGCCACAGCACCCUCUAGGGAUGGUCUUCGUCACUCUGCAGUCUGAGGCAAUGGCCACAUACAUUCUGAAGGACUUCAACGCCCUGGACUGUGGAAAUGGGGACAGUGCAGUGAGGUGUGGGUGUGGCCGAGAGCCCCAACCUUCGUCUUGUAGCGCGACUCUGAAAGUGAGGAACUGGAGGGUUGACUAUGCCCCUCAUCCCAGAAAUGUGUAUUGGGACAACCUUUCAGUGCAGGGCUUCCGCUGGUGGGUCCGAUGCCUGCUGCUCAACUUCUUCCUCUUCUUCCUCCUCACCUUCCUCACCACUCCCUCCAUCAUCAUCAGCACCAUGGACAAGUUCAACGUCACCAAGCCCAUCUACUACCUCAACAGUGCUGUGGUCAGUCAGUUUUUCCCCACUCUGCUUCUGUGGUCCUUCUCUGCCCUGCUGCCCACCAUAGUGUACUACUCAACUCUGGGAGAGUGCCACUGGAACAGGUCCAGGGAGCAGUUGAUUAUGAUGCACAAGCUGUACAUCUUCCUCCUGUUCAUGGUUCUGAUCCUGCCCUCUCUUGGACUCACCAGUCUGGCUGUGUUCUUCCGCUGGCUGUUUGACAAAGAGUUUCUGGCUGAUGGGAAGCUAAGGUUUGAGUGUGUGUUCCUGCCUGACCAGGGGGCGUUCUUUGUGAAUUAUGUCAUCACGGCGGGCCUGGUGGGCUCUGGGAUGGAGUUGCUGCGGUUGCCAGGGUUACUGCUCUACACCAUCCGCAUGGCGCUGGCUCGCUCCGCCGCAGAGAGGAAGUAUGUCAAACAGAACCAAGCGUAUGAGUUUGAGUACGGAGCCAUGUACGGGUGGACCCUGUGUGUGUUCACUGUCAUCAUGGCUUACAGCAUCACCUGCCCUGUCAUAGUGCCUUUCGGUCUGCUGUACCUGAUGCUGAAGCAUCUAGUGGACAAACACAACCUGUACUUUGCCUACUUGCCCGGCCGCCUGGACAGGCAGGUGCACCUGGGAGCUGUCAAUCAAGCCCUGGCUGCACCCAUCAUCUGCCUCAUCUGGCUCUAUUUCUUCUCCGUCCUCCGGACAGGGUUCAUGGCAGACACAUCUCUCUUCACUCUGGUGGUCCUGUGUGUAACUGUCUGCAUCUGCAUCAGCUACACCUGCUUCGGACACUUCAAGUACCUCAGCCCUCACAACUACAAGUUGAAGGAGGAUGAGGAUGCCUUGGAUGGAUUGGCGGACAGCAACAUGGUCUACCUUCCAAGGGUGCUUAGAACCGAGUCCCCUGAGUCCCCCGCCACAUCACCAGAUGGGUGUAAAACCCCCCAGUCAUAUGGGACGACAGACAGCAGCCCAUCCUGUCAGAGCCCAGUAGAUGAUGAACUGUUGAUGAACCCCUGAACUUAAAAUAUCUUCCCCUUCUUUUUGAUUCCUGGAGGCAUCCAGUCUCAGAACUGAGGUGAUGGUAUAGGGGAGUUUAUCCCCAAAUCUAUUGCUGUACCAUCCAACACAGGCCCUUCAAAUACCCCUAAAAUGCAUCCUUUCUCUCUCCUUUCAUCAAGCUUAGCAUGUGUCUGAUAUCAAUAGAUUGGUCCAAGUAGAGCCUUUGCUUUCACUUAUUCAAUAGUGCUCCAUCAGUGAUUCUUUCCAGGAGGGGAGGAGAGAAUAAAUUGUUACAGGCCUCCUGAGACAACUCUGCCAAGGCUCCACUGAGAGCUGGCAGCCACUCAGGAGCCAAGCCUUCUGUCAGAAAUGCCCAAAUCUGACCCUUUUCCUAAGACCUUCCUAUGAGGACUGCCUUGGCUAAAGACUAUUCAGCACCAAUACAGUUUUUUUUUGUUAACCAAAAUUGCUUUUAUAGCAUAAUGUUGGGAAAAACUGCCAUGCCAUGCAUUUCCACUGAGUUUGCGUUUUAAUAUCCAGGAUGCCAGAAUAGAAGGCAUUUUGGUUCUCUGACCAACAGAGGGCACUCUUGUUGCAUGGCAGUUAGUGUCCACCUUAAAUUACUUGUACUGAACCAGGGCCUUUCAAAUCUGGACCUCAAGGUCUGAUGAUACAAAAAGUAUUUUUUACAAAUAGUUUUUGUAUUAUUAGGCAAGGAACUUUUAUUUCAUUUUGACUGAAUCAUUUUAACAAAUGUUUUAUAUUAAGCUGAUAUAUUUAACAUAUUAUAGAUUUUUUUAUUUUUUAUUAUCAGGAUUUUGAACCAUAACACAAUCUGAACAUGAAUUGACAUAACUAUUGACGAUGAAUGAGAGUAGGCCUAUUUAUGUGAAUAUGAACAGCAUGGAACUUCUCAGUGUUAAAUAUAUUGCUUUAAAAUGUUAAAUGGUUGUUACAUUAUGAGAGUUUGUUGGUCAUUAUUAGUGUUUGAGAUUUUGUGCCGAAUAAGUUAAUAUGUAAGUAACUAUUAAGUGUCCAUAGCCAUAGGGGGCACUGCAUGACAGAUUUUCUAUUAGGAUUUAGCAGUAGCUUCAACAGUGUCUUGUUACUACAUGACUUUUUUUUCUUUGAUCCCCUUGCAUCCAGCCUUCUCUCUCACCAGGGUGCCUCAGUUUUCAAAAGGACAUGUUUUUUAGUACAAGUGAUUGGCCGAUUAAUGAAGUGCUAAGCCCGCCAGAUAUCUGGGUGGAGGCUUUUCACAGAGCAGAAAAAUAGGGUUUUGUUAUUAGAUUAGGAUCAGUGUAAAUUCACCUUGUUUUGGGGGGGGGGGGUGAAGAAUGGAAAAUAUCAGGAACAAUAGCGGGCUGCAAAAGUGGUUCUUAUUGGCUUACUUCAAAUUGGUACGUCCUGAUUUUGUAGUUUUACCACUGACACUUAAUUCACUGUUAAUUAGCUGUGACAUACAUACACACACAGAAGUACAUAAUAUAGUUCAGUUCCGCCAAAAGCCUCUUAAACCAACAGAAUAAUCUGAAAAACAAACUUUAGUCCAGGGGUGAUCUGGAGCGCUCAGCUCUGCAAUCAAUGGCUCUCAAUCAUGGACAAAGAGACAACGUAAAGCAGGGCGAGUUCACCAUGUAAUCACAGAUUGUGUAACAGGCAACUCUAGAGACGUGGAAAUAACUUUUGGCAGUAUUAAGCUUUGACACCAUUUCCUCACCCCUAGCACAUGUACUGAACAAAUGUGAAUAACUACACACAAACAUGCAUACACCUUUACUUAGGGGGCCCUCAAGACAUUUUACUGUUGGACGCUCAAGGAGCACAUGGGUUAUCAGGUUUGUUUGGUGGUGUUUGUUGCACAGAGAUUUUCAGUUGCACAAGAAUUAAAAACAUUUUCCCUCGUUAUGUUAA